AUGCUUCUUUGGGAAAUGGGUCCAUGUGUUUCCCUAUUUCUCUCUCUCUCCUCUCUCUCUCUCUCUCUCUCUCUCUCUGAGAUAAGUUUUUUUUUUUUAUCUCCCUUCCUCUACUUGUUUAAUUUCUUCACUUCUUCUUUCUUUCAAUCCUUUUAUCUCUUGCUCGUCUUCUUUCUCCUUGUCUUUUUUUUUCUUCUCAUUCUCAUUUUCUCGUCUCUUUUCCUCGUUUACCAUCACAUAGUUUUCACAUUUCUAUCUCGUCUCAUCAUUUUCAUCACGUAUUUACUUUUAUUUAAUUUUUCUUUCAACUUUUCUUCUUUUUUGUUUUUUUUCUUUUUCUUCUUCAAAUCUAUUUUCUGUUACUUUCCUCCGCUCACUUUCUGUCUAGUAUUUUUUUUUUCUUUUCCUCGCUCACUCUCGUCUCUUUCCUAUCUCCCCCUACGCCUGUUCCUCUGUUUUCCUCAGAUCAAAAGACACUGGGGGCCUGUCUAUGUCGUUGGUACUGAACCUCCCCAUCACAUCAGGUGGCGGCUGCUACCGCUACUUCCGGUCGCACGUUAUCAGUCCCUUUCUAUCUAUCUAUCUAUGAUACUUCCUAGGCAUCUAAUUCUAUCUAUCUAUCUAUCUAUCUAUCUAUCUAUCUAUCUAUCUAUCUAUCUAUCUAUCUAUUACGCACACACACGCGCGAAAAUUCACAGUUUAGUUUAG